GCUUCCUUUGGAAUUAGACUGUGACUGUCAUUACAACUUGCCAUGCUAGCUGCCAAUCAUGAAUCCUCUCGUGUAAACUAUACGCAGUCUGACUUUCGUGUGAAUUGGUCAUUUGUCAGCAACAGGAGCUAGUUGAAUCGGGGUAAGCUUGCUGUUUCAAGGAAAUCAAGGGAAGAUGGCUGAAAUCUUUGAGAAAAUGGAAGUGGAGUUCGUCGACCAAGAUGAGAGUGUGCAGGUUGUUGCAGAUAACAUCCGUGACACUGGUGAGGUUCCUGAAAGGUAUGUCAGGUCUGAGAUUAAGUCUGAUCCUGUCAUCAUCGAUGCCGAGGGUUAUAAUCUACCGGUAAUAGAUAUGUCGAGAUUGCUCAACCCCGAUUUUUCUGAGGAGGAGACUGCUAAGCUUGGAUCUGCCUGCGAGCAUUGGGGAUUCUUCCAGCUAGUGAACCAUGGAAUAGAUGUAGGAUUGUUGCAGCAAAUCAAGGCCGACAUCACCAAGUUCUUCAGUCUUCCACUGGAAGAAAAGUUGGCAGUAGCGAUUCCACCAAAUGGCAUCGAAGGGUUUGGCCACCACUUUGUUUUCUCUAAGGAACAGAAGCUGGACUGGGUCGACAUAUUGUUCCUUGCCACACGGCCUAUUGAGCAAAGGAACCUGUCCUUCUGGCCUGCAAAGCCUUCCACAUUCAGGGACACACUGGAUAAGUACUCAUUGCAACUGUCAAAUGUUUCUGCACAAUUGUUCAAGUUUAUGGCCAACAACCUUGGAGUUGACCAGGAGGUAUUCCUUAGUACCUUCAAGGGUCUACCUCAGAGCGUGAGGAUCAACUAUUACCCUCCCUGCAGUCAAGCUGACAGGGUCUUAGGCCUCUCACCGCAUACGGAUGGUGUUGGCAUGACAUUCCUCCUCCAUGUCAAUGAUGUGGAAGGACUACAAAUCAGAAAGGAUGGAAAAUGGUUCUCUGUGCAGGCCAUGCACGGAGCACUUGUUGUCAACAUAGGCGAUAUUAUUGAGAUCCUCACCAAUGGGAGGUACAAGAGUGUUGAGCACAGGGCAGUAAUAAACCCCAACAAGGAAAGGAUUACCAUCGCAGCAUUCCAGAGCAUUCACCUUUUCUGCAAAAUUGGCCCACUUCAGGAGUUGCUGACAGCAGACAAGGCACGCUACAAGGUGAUGGAUGGUGUUGAGUUCACCAAGGGCUACUUUGCUGCAAAGCUAGAAGGCAGGAGGUACUUGGAGAGCUUGAAGCUAGGCCUAUGAGAUUCUGCAAAGAUAUGAGUUGGUGUGAAGAUUGACAAGCGCUCAUUUUGAAGGCUCACCGUACUUUGGAGACUGCAACAUUGAGUCUCUUUGAGUCCUUCGGAUGGCCUUCGUUAUUUAGAAUUGGGUUUUAAGUUUGUUUGUCAUAAUUUUUUUUUGUGCGCCUUGAAUUAUUGGGCUGUAAUAAGUUGGUUUGAUUCCUCUUUAACGGGGUUAAAGCUGGAUAGGCAAAGAUAUUGUUAUAAAACAUGUUGCCAGCGGUUGGGACC